CUAACGAAGAACCUAGUUGUGGGAGCGUGUUAACUGCUGGUAUCUAAUUCACCUUCAGGACAAACCUCUCUCUGUCUUGAUCGAUCUCUUUCCUCUCAAUGACUACCAUUACAAUCACUAAUCAGCUCAAUGAGAAAAUCGUUGGCACCUUCGAAUCUAGACCUGAAUCCGUCGUUGACGGUUGUCCCCCGAGACUGGUUUUGAUCGUGCACGGUGUUAUGGGUCACAAGAAUUACCUGUUUCAAAGGUUGUUGGCCGAGAAGCUACCCUAUGAAAGCUUUCGAUUUGAUUUCCGCGGCAAUGGAGACAGCGACGGUACCACACGUUUUGGCAAUAUCAAUGAUGACGUUGAGGACAUUAAAACCGUUACUAGCUACUUUGAAAACAAGGGCUAUCAAAUCUACGCCAUUGUCGGUCAUUCUAGAGGCUCUGUUGCUUCUUUCAGAUACGCUAGCACCUGCCGAGUGCCUGUACCCCAUCUUGUCAAUGUUGCUGGUCGUUACCGUAUGAACUUGAUCCGCGGAAGACAAACAAAGGAGCAGACGCAAUCUUUGAAGGAAAAGGGUUUUUAUAAGUGGACUAUCCGAAGGAGAGGUACCUUUGAGGACAUCAUCGUUAAAGAAGCUGAUGUGCAAGAGUUCAUUGAUUUCGAUUCGAGUCAUGUGAACAAAUUGUCAAAGGCAACCUCCGUUCUCACAUGUCAUGGUGUAGAGGAUUUUAUCGUUCCUGUUCACGAUGCUGCCAUUUACUCCAACAUCAUACCUACUCAUACCCUCAAGUUGUUUCCCAAGGCUGAUCACAACUUCAAAGGCUGCUAUCAAGAACUCGUAGAUACCAUCCUUCGAUACUUCAAAGUUCAUGAAAACGAAGCUGCAAGAGCUUGGAGCUUGGGGCUGACAAAGAGUUUGACUAUUCCCCGUUGGAUCGAUGUCGAGGGAGUCAUGAACUUCAGAGAUAUUGGUGGUUGGGACGUCAAAGGUGGAAACGGUUAUAUCCGUGAGCGUAUGGUAUUCCGUUGCGGGCACCUGAGCAACAUGACUGACAAUGGCGAAGAGACUUUGAAGAGCUUGGGAAUUACUGCUGCGUUUGAUUUUAGAUCCACACAAGAAAUCGAACAAUACGGUGUCAUGCGUGAAAUAUCGGGUAUUGACAGGUACCACAGUCCCGUCUUCCUCGAUGAGGAUUACUCCCCUGCUGCUAUAGCCGUCAGAUGGCAAGGAUACUUUGCUGGACCAACAGGAUUUCCUCAUGCCUACCGCACUAUGCUCCAAUCUGGCCCUCAAGUCUUUGAGCGUAUUUUCCGAUAUUUAAUUGCCAACCCUAGAUCUCCCUUCAUUAUACACUGUACCGCCGGAAAAGAUAGAACUGGUGUAUUUGUAAUGUUGUUGCUUGGACUUUGCGGUGUGGACGAUGAAGUCAUUGCCAGAGAGUAUGAACUUACCAACCUUGGAUGGUGGGAAUCGGAGGAACAGCUUGCUAAAAAGGCCAAGCUGUUGGAUCGCUCCAUCGACGAUUUGAAGAUUGUCAUGUCUGCUCCUUAUGUGGGUAUGAAAGAGACCAUUGCUAUGGUUCGACAUGAAUAUGGAUCUAUUGAAAGCUAUGUUCGUGAUAAAUGCCAUCUAAGCGACGCCGAUAUCGCUACCAUUCGUAGAAUAAUGAUUGUACCCAUCCGACGUGAAGAAAAGCAGCUUUACAGAGCUGCCAAACUCUAAGUUACACUUAAAAUUUUUUAGCCUACCACCGAUUGAGGCAACUUUUACAAUUUAGCAUCAAGUACACGGUCUAGAAAAAGUUUAUUAUUACUCCCCUACUUGUGGGCCCAUUCUUUGGUUAUAUGUUAGCAAAAUAAAAGGAAGAUGUAGAAAAAAUGACA